UAAUAAAAUGAAAGGGAAAAAACAAGAUCGAUAUAAGUACAUAAGAUUUGAUUUUAAGUGCUGAUCCUGUGACAGAAGAUUAUUAAGAAAAUGAGAUUGGAUUAAUUGAAGUAUUUGAAAAACAUUUAGAGUUUGAAAAGUAAUAUGGAGAUUGA